CGCAGGCAGAAAGUGCAGCAGAAGCCCAGCCACCCUGAGAUUCUGCCUGCGGGACAUUCAGUGGAUAAAUGGCAGGCAAAAAGCGUGAAGUCCAGUUGCAGGCAGUCAUCAAUAGUCAGAGCCUAUGGGAUGAGAUGUUGCAGAACAAAGGCCUAACAGUGAUCGAUGUUUAUCAAGCCUGGUGUGGACCUUGCAAAGCAAUGCAAACUUUAUUCAGAAAAUUGAAAAAUGAGUUGAACGAAGAUGAAAUUCUGCAUUUUGUUGUAGCAGAGGCCGACAACAUUGUGACUUUGCAGCCAUUUAGAGAUAAAUGUGAACCUAUUUUUCUUUUUAGUGUUAAUGGCAAAAUUAUUGCAAAGAUUGAGGGUGCAAAUGCACCACUUGUUAAUAAAAAAAUUAUUAACUUGAUCAACGAGGAGAGAAAAAUUGCAGCAGGUAAAAUGGUUCGCCCUCAGUAUCAUGAAAUUGCACUUGUAGACUCAGAUGCAGAAGAUACUGGGGAAGCAUCCAAUGAAAAUGUUGACAAACUAUACAGUAUUGUUAUUAUCAAACCCAAGACUGUGACUACUGGGAAAACUAUAGAAAUUAAAGAAAGAAUUAUCAAAGGAGGAUUUGUCAUAGAAGCAGAAGAUAGGAGAGUGCUCACUAAAAAGCAAGUAAGGGACUUCUAUAGUCAAAUAGCUGACCAGCCUGAAUUUGAAGAUUUUGUUUCUUUAAUGACAAGUGGCCUAAGCUAUAUUCUAGUUAUAUCUCAAGGCAAUAAACAAGAACCUCCCUGGGAAGAAACAGUACCUAAUCCUGAGCCUGAACAUAAAGAAUCAUCUGAGGAUCAACAUGAGAUGGCCACACCUACAAUGAUGAAAAAGAAGCGGGACAGUUUACAAGAAUAUCUGGAAAGACAAAAUAUAUCUCAGUUUUGUGAUAUUGAAGAGAAUGUAGAUAAUGUUAAUAAGUUUAUUGAUAUCUUCUUUCCUAAUUUUAAAAACGUAAAGUUAGAAAGGAUACUGGCAUUACUUCGACCAGAUCUCUUUCGAGAAAAGGGAGAGGAUGUUUUGAAUAUUAUUCAAGUUGAAGGCUUUAACAUACUGAUGCAGAGACAAAUAGUAUUAUCAAAAGAAGAAGCACAGACAUUGUGCAAGGAAUAUGAAAAUGAAGAUUAUUUUAGAAAUCUUAUAGAAAACAUGACCAGUGGUCCAUCUCUAGCCCUUGUUUUAUUAAGAGACAAUGGUUUACAACACUGGAAAAAGUUAAUUGGACCAAGCACUGUUGAAGAAGCAAAAGGCUUUCUUCCAGAGAGUUUAUGCAUACAAUUUGCAACAGGAAGUUUGCCUGUCAACCAGUUGUAUGGAAGUGACUCAUUAGAAGCUGCUGAAAGAGAAAUACAGUAUUUCUUUCCUCCUCAAACCACUUUAGCACUGAUUAAAUCUCAUGUAACACAUGAACAAAGAGAGGAGAUCUUCAACCUUAUUAAAGAGGCUGGAUUUGAUAUGACACAGGUGAAGGAAAUGCUACUAACAAAAGAGCAAGCAGACACAAUUUAUUUUAAAAUUGUAAAAAAAGACUUUUAUAAAGAUGUACUGGAAACACUAUAUGAGGGUCCAUCUGUGGUCAUGGCUCUGACCAGGUGGAAUGCUGUUUCAGAAUGGAGACGAUUGAUGGGUCCCACAGACCCAGAUGAAGCAAAACUAUUGUCCCCAAACUCCAUCCGAGCCAGAUUUGGAAGAAGUGUUUUGAGAAAUGCUGUACAUGGAUCAUCUAAUUCCUAUGAAGCAGUAGAGACAAUUAAUAAAAUAUUUGAAGAUUUAGUUCCUGCAAAUAAUGAGGCAAACUAA